AUGAGAGUGCUGACUGCAAUCCUUACCGGCGAAGCUUCUUUUCUUCUCCUCUUCCGACAUGUUUCACCAGAACCAGGAGAUUCCACCUUGCAGUUUAGGCUUAUUCAUUUCUGGGAAGCUCGCAAGAAUGUGAAAGGAGGACCAGGCAUCAUUCUUGGGAUCGAUGCGGAGGGUACUGUGGCUCAGGGGUUCAUCAGUCAGAACCGUCGCAACCAAUAUGAAAAACAGCUCCGGCGUGGGAGCAUCUACACACUGACAAACUUCUAUGCAUCCAACAGCAAGGUGAUGUAUCAUGUUGCUGAUCAGAGGCUGGUGAUUUGCAUCUCACACGCCUCUGACCUGUCGAAGGUUGAAGAAAACAUUGAAGGCAUUUUGACAAAGCGCUUCAGAAUCCAUUCCUUUUCAGAUUUUGAAGCCAACUGCGAUCCCAGAGGGGAUCUCCACGAUGUUGUUGGCCACCUUAAUCUGGUUGAUGGCCAGCCUCUCCAUCAGCGUCCGGUUUUGUGCACCAAGGAUGGCUCAACUUCUCGGAAAGUUUUGGUUCAUUUGCAGUUUAAAGAUGGUCCAGUGAUUAACGUCUAUAUAUGGGACGAGGCUGCAGAAAAUUUCCGCCUAAAGUUUGACGCAUGUGCAGCCACUCCAACGGUUCUAUUGGUCACAACGGUCAAUCCUAAAAGACUCGGAGGGAAAUUGUGCCUAAGUUCAAUGUCGUCAUCAAGAGUGUUUUUGGACGAAGAGGUUGACCCCACCAAGGAAUACAUGACAUGGUUGACCACGAACCCUUCUGCAACUGCUACGGUCAACCCUGUUGAGGUGGUUAAAUCUGAGACGCUCACAAUAAGUGAGAUUGCUGCUUUCAUCAAGCGUCAGCCUGCUAAGAUUGCCUACUUUGACUGCAUUGCCACAAUUGAUGAUGUCAAGCUUGGCACUGAGUGCUACCGCGUGGAAAUGUCUGUCUAUGAUAAUGAGGAGCAGUGCACUUUCAUCAUUCUCGUAGAUGCUGGGAAAGAGCUCACUGGCAGAAAAGCAACAGAGUUGAUCGACACUUAUGUUGAGGAAAAUGGUGGAGAUGGGGCUGAGCUUGAGGUUCCACUGCCACAAUGUUUUAUCGCCACAAUCGGACAUACAAAGAAAUUCAGGAUCAAGGUGGCACACUACAAUUUCACAUCUACCCACCUAUCCUUGACAGCUACCAAAAUUGUGUCAUCAGCAGUUUUGCCACCAAAGAAGCCUCCACUCAAGAUGCCACCAGGAACUGAAGUGGAAACCUCAGAGGUAACUGAGAGCAGUGGUGGUGGUACUUCAGCCACUGACGACCAGAAGAAAGCAAAGUGUACCAAGCGUAGUGGCUAG